AUGCCGAUUCCGGAUCACAAGGCAGUCGCCCACUUCAUUGGCGGCAACCCGCUCGAGACGGCGCCCGCCGGAGUGGUGGCCGACUUUAUCCGCAAGCAGGGCGGUCACAGCGUCAUCACCAAGGUGCUCAUCUGCAACAACGGUAUCGCCGCCGUCAAGGAGAUCCGUUCGAUCCGCAAGUGGGCCUACGAGACCUUCGGCCAUGAGCGGGCCAUCGAGUUCACCGUCAUGGCGACGCCCGAGGACCUCAAAGUCAAUGCCGACUACAUCCGCAUGGCCGACCAGUACGUCGAGGUCCCCGGCGGCUCCAACAACAACAACUACGCCAACGUCGACCUCAUCGUCGACAUUGCCGAGCGUGCCGGCGUCCACGCCGUGUGGGCCGGCUGGGGCCACGCCUCCGAGAACCCGCGGUUGCCCGAGAUGCUGGCCGCGUCGAAGCAGCGGAUCAUCUUCAUCGGGCCUCCCGGCUCGGCCAUGCGCUCGCUCGGAGACAAGAUCUCGUCGACGAUUGUGGCCCAGCACGCCGACGUGCCGUGCAUGCCCUGGUCGGGCACGGGCAUCAAGGAGACGAUGAUGAGCGAGCAGGGCUUCCUCACCGUCUCGGACGAGGUGUACCAGAAGGCGUGCAUCCACACGGCCGAGGAGGGCCUGGAAAAGGCCGAGGUGAUCGGCUUCCCCGUCAUGAUCAAGGCGUCCGAGGGCGGCGGAGGCAAGGGUAUCCGCAUGUGCAGCAACGCCGAGGACUUCAAGCAGCUCUACAACGCCGUGCUCGGCGAGGUCCCCGGCUCGCCCGUCUUUGUCAUGAAGCUCGCCGGCAAGGCGCGCCACCUCGAGGUCCAGCUGCUGGCCGACCAGUACGGCAACGCCAUCAGCAUCUUCGGCCGUGACUGCUCCGUCCAGCGCCGCCACCAGAAGAUCAUCGAGGAGGCUCCCGUCACCAUCGCCCCCGACGCAGCGCGCGAGGAGAUGGAGAAGGCCGCCGUCCGCCUGGCCAAGCUCGUCGGCUACGUGUCGGCGGGCACCGUCGAGUGGCUCUACUCGCCCGAGAACAACGAGUUCUCGUUCCUCGAGCUCAACCCGCGUCUCCAGGUCGAGCACCCGACGACCGAGAUGGUCUCGGGCGUCAACAUCCCCGCCGCCCAGCUCCAGGUGGCCAUGGGCAUCCCGCUCUACUCGAUCCGCGACAUCCGCACCCUCUACGGCAUGGACCCGCGCGGCAACGAGGUCAUCGACUUUGACUUUGCCGACCCGGAGAGCGUCAAGACGCAGCGCAAGCCGCAGCCCAAGGGCCACGUCGUCGCCUGCCGCAUCACGGCCGAGAACCCGGACACGGGCUUCAAGCCGGGCAUGGGUGCCCUGACCGAGCUCAACUUCCGCUCCAGCACCUCGACCUGGGGCUACUUCAGUGUCGGCACCAGCGGCGCGCUGCACGAGUACGCCGACUCGCAGUUCGGCCACAUCUUUGCCUACGGCGCCGACCGCUCCGAGGCGCGCAAGCAGAUGGUCAUCUCGCUCAAGGAGCUCUCGAUCCGCGGCGACUUCCGCACCACGGUCGAGUACCUCAUCAAGCUGCUCGAGACCGACGCGUUCGAGUCCAACACGAUCACCACCGGCUGGCUCGACGGACUGAUCCAGGACCGCCUCACCGCCGAGAGGCCGCCCUCCGACCUGGCCAUCGUCUGCGGCGCCGCCGUCAAGGCCCACCUGCUGGCGCGCGAGUGCGAGGACGAGUUCAAGCGCAUCCUCAACAAGGGACAGGUGCCGCCGCGCGACACGAUCAAGACGGUCUUCUCGAUCGACUUCAUCUACGAGAAUGUCAAGUACAACUUCACCGCCACCCGCAGCUCCAAGUCGGCGUGGACGCUCUACCUCAACGGCGGCCGCACCCUGGUCGAGCUGCGGCCCCUGACCGACGGCGGUCUGCUGGUGGGCCUGGCGGGCAAGUCGCACCCGGUCUACUGGCGCGAGGAGGUGGGCAUGACUCGCCUCAUGGUCGACUCCAAGACGUGCCUGAUUGAGCAGGAGAACGACCCCACCCAGAUCCGCAGCCCGUCGCCCGGUAAGCUGGUCCGCUUCCUUGUCGAGAGCGGCGAUCACGUCAAGUCUGGCCAGGCCAUCGCCGAGAUCGAGGUCAUGAAGAUGUACCUGCCCCUCGUCGCCGCCGAGGACGGCAUCGUGUCGUUUGUCAAGACGCCCGGCGUCGCCCUCAGCCCCGGCGACAUCAUCGGCAUCCUCUCGCUCGACGACCCCAGCCGCGUCCAGCACGCCAAGCCCUUCGGCGGCCAGCUGCCCGACUUUGGCCUGCCCGUCAUCGUCGGCAGCAAGCCGCACCAGCGCUUCGCCUAUCUCGUCUCCAUCCUCGGCGACAUCCUCGACGGCUACGACCAGAGCCCCGUGAUGCAGGCCACCAUCAAGGAGCUCAUCGAGGUGCUGCGCAACCCGGAGCUGCCCUACGGGCAGUGCACCCAGAUCCUCUCGAGUCUCUCGGGCCGUAUCCCGUCGCGCCUCGAGGACCUCCUCCGCAACGCUCUCGAGCUCGGACAGUCCAAGGGCGCCGAGUUCCCCGCGGUGCGCAUGCGCAAGCUGACCGAGAACUUCCUGCGCGACAGCGUCGACGCGGCCAUCCGCGGCCAGGUGCAGGCCACUGUGGCGCCGCUGACGCAGCUCUUUGAGGCCUACGCCGGCGGCCUCAAGGGCCACGAGGCCAACGUGCUGGCGGCGCUCCUCAACAAGUACUUUGACGUCGAGUCGCUCUUCACCGGCGAGGCCGACGUCAUCCUCGAGAUGCGCCUCCAGGCCGACGGCAACCUCGACAAGGUCGUCGAGCUGCAGACGUCGCGCAACGGUGUCAACCGCAAGAAUGCGCUGCUGCUGACGCUGCUCGACAAGCACAUCAAGCGCACCGCCCUCGUCUCGCGCACCACGGGCCCCAAGAUGGGCGAGGCGCUCAAGAACCUCGCCAGCCUGCAGGGCAAGUCGGUGGCGCCCGUGGCGCUCAAGGCGCGCGAGGUGUCGCUCGACGCCGACAUGCCCAGUCUCGGCGACCGCACCGCCCAGAUGGAGUCGAUUCUCAAGCUCUCGGUCACCUCGUCGACCUACGGCGGCGACUCGGACUACCACUCGCCCUCGCUCGAGGUGCUCCGCGAGCUCAGCGACAGCCAGUACUCGGUCUACGAUGUCCUCCACUCCUUCUUUGGCCACCGCGAGCACCACCUCGCCUUUGCCGCGCUCUGCACCUACGUCAUCCGCGCCUACCGCGCCUACGAGGUCAUCAAGUUCGACUACGCCGUCGAGGAGUUUGACAUCGAGGAGCGCGCCGUGCUCAGCUGGGACUUCCAGCUGCCCAGCCGCGCCCGCUCGGUCGAGGACCAGCGCCAGCUGUCGAUCAGCGACCUCAACAUGAUGGCCAAAAAGUCGCGCGAGGACGACGAGCUGCGCAGGGGCGUCAUGACCAGCUGCAGCACCGUCGAGGACAUCCCCGACGUCCUGAGCAAGGUGCUCAAGUACUACGGCCGCUCGCGCGACGGCGCCGCCGCCAUCAACGUGCUCAACAUCGCCGUCUCGGACACGACGGGCGCCCAGGACACCGACAUCCGCGCCAACCUGGUCCAGCACACCAACACCUUCGCCCGCCAGCUCGCCGCCGCCCGCGUCCGCCGCGUCACCUACCUCCUCUGCCAGCCUGGCAUGUACCCCUACUUUGCCACGCUCCGCCCCGACGACGCCGGCGUGUGGGCCGAGGUCAAGGCGAUCCGCAACAUCGAGCCGGCCCUCGCCUACCAGCUCGAGCUGGACCGCUUCAGCCAGAACUUUGAGAUCACGCCGGUGCCCGUGUCGUCGUCGACGAUCCACCUCUACUUUGCCCGCGGCAUCCAGAACCCGGCCGACACGCGCUUCUUUGUCCGCUCCCUCGUCCGCCCGGGCCGCGUGCAGGGCGACAUGGCCGCCUACCUCAUCUCCGAGUCGGACCGCAUCGUCAACGACAUCCUCAACGUCAUCGAGGUCGCCCUCGGCCAGCCCGAGUACCGCAACGCCGACGCCUCUCACAUCUUCAUGUCGUUCAUCUACCAGCUCGACGUCAGCCUCGAGGACGUCCAGAAGGCGCUCGCCGGCUUCAUCGAGCGCCACGGCACGCGCUUCUUCCGCCUGCGCAUCACAGGCGCCGAGAUCCGCAUCAUCCUCAAGAAGCGCAACGGCGAGUCGUGGCCGAUCCGCGCCUUUAUCACCAACGAGACCGGCCUCGUGGUGCGCUACGAGGCCUACGAGGAGGUCGCUGCCGACGACGGCUCGAGCAUCCUCAGGGCCAUCGAGCCCCAGGGCAGCGCCGCCCCGCUCCACGGCCAGAGCACCCACUUCCCCUACGCCACCAAGGUGGCGCUCCAGUCGCGCCGCUCGCGCGCCCACGCCCUCCAGACGACGUUCGCCUACGACUUCAUCGACGUGCUGCGCCAGGCGCUGCGCGCGUCGUGGGCCAAGGUCAACGCGGCCAAGACGCCCGCCGAGGUGCUCGCCUCGGUGUCCGAGCUGGUGCUCGACGACGGCGGCAAGCUCAAGGAGGUCAAGCGGCCCGCCGGCACCAACACCAUCGGCAUGGUCGCCUGGAUCAUUGAGGCCCUCACUCCCGAGUACCCCGCCGGCCGCAAGAUGGUCCUGAUUGCCAACGACGUCACCGUCCAGGCCGGCUCGUUCGGCCCCGUCGAGGACCGCCUGUUUGCUGCCGCCACCAAGCUGGCGCGCGAGCUGGGCGUGCCCAGGCUCUACGUCUCGGCCAACAGCGGUGCCCGCAUCGGUCUGGCCACCGAGGCGCUCGACCUGUUCAAGGCCAAGUUCGUCGGUGACGACGCCACCAAGGGCUUCGAGUACCUCUACCUCGACGACGCGGCCAAGGCGUCAAUCGACGCCACGGCGCCCAACAGCGUCCUCACCAAGGCCGUCGUCGCCGCCGACGGGACCACCCACCACCAGAUCACCGACAUCAUCGGCCUCUCGCAGGACGGCCUCGGCGUCGAGUGCCUCUCGGGCUCCGGCCUCAUUGCCGGCGAGACGAGCCGUGCCCGCGACGAGAUCUUCACUGCCACCAUCGUCACUGGCCGCAGCGUCGGCAUCGGCGCCUACCUGGCGCGCCUCGGCGAGCGCGUGAUCCAGGUCGAGGGAUCGCCCAUGAUCCUGACGGGAUACCAGGCGCUCAACAAGCUGCUCGGCCGCGAGGUAUACACGUCCAACCUCCAGCUCGGCGGACCGCAGAUCAUGUACAAGAACGGCGUGUCGCACAUGACGGCGCGCAACGACCUCGACGCGGUCAAGUCGUUUGUCAACUGGAUGUCGUUCGUGCCCGCCCAGCGCGGUGCCGCCGUUCCCAUCAUGCCCACCGCCGACACCUGGGACCGCGCCGUCACCUACUCGCCGCCGCGUGGACCCUACGACCCGCGCUUCCUGCUCGACGGCAAGGUCGACGAGGAGGACGGCUCGUACCUCAGCGGCCUCUUCGACAAGGGCAGCUUCGUCGAGACUCUCGGCGGCUGGGCCACGUCGGUCGUCACGGGCCGCGCCCGCCUCGGCGGCAUCCCCGUCGGUGUCAUUGCCGUCGAGACGCGCACCCUGGAGCGCGUCGUGCCCGCCGACCCGGCCAACCCCAACUCGACCGAGCAGCGCAUCAUGGAGGCCGGCCAAGUCUGGUACCCCAACUCGGCCUACAAGACGGCGCAGGCCAUCUGGGACUUUGACCGCGAGGGCCUGCCGCUGAUGAUUCUCGCCAACUGGCGUGGCUUCUCUGGCGGCCAGCAGGACAUGUACGACGAGGUUCUCAAGCAGGGCAGCAAGAUUGUCGACGGCCUCUCGUCGUACAAGCAGCCCGUCUUUGUCCACAUCCCGCCGAUGGGCGAGCUCCGCGGCGGCUCCUGGGUCGUCGUCGACUCGGCCAUCAACGACAACGGCAUGAUUGAGAUGUCGGCCGACGUCAACAGCGCGCGCGGAGGCGUCCUUGAGGCUUCGGGACUGAUCGAGAUCAAGUACCGCGCCGACAAGCAGCGCGCCACCAUGGAGCGACUCGACCCCACCUACGCGCAGCUGGCCAAGGCGGCCAAGGCGGCCACGGACCCGGCCGAGCAGGCCGCGGCGAGGAAGCAGCUGGCCGAGCGCGAGAAGCAGCUCUCGCCCAUCUUUACCGCCAUCGCCACCGAGUACGCCGACGCCCACGACCGUGCCGGACGCAUGCUGGCCGUUGGCGUCCUCCAGACGGCGCUGCCGUGGGAAAACGCGCGCCGCUACUUCUACUGGCGCCUGCGCCGCCGCAUGAGCGAGGUGGCCGCCAUCCGCACCAUCGGCGAGGCCAACCCGCUCCUCUCGGCGGCCGAGCAGCGCGCGUUGCUCGUGACGCUCGUCGGCGCACCCGAGGCCGACAACGACAAGAGCAUCGCCGAGCACCUCGAGGCCUCGGCAGGGCGCCUGGCCGACGCCGUCAAGAAGCUGCGCGCCCAGCACCUGCUGGCCCAGAUCUCGGCGCUCGACCCAGAGCUCCGCGCGCACAUUGCCGCCUCGAUCCAGCAGUGA